GUCUUCUGAAAAUAAAAAAUAAGAAAAUAAGGAUCUGGGACAAAUUUCAUUAUACUUAUUGCAUAUUGGCCAUCAUUACUUAGUGUUUGUAAGCUCACUUAGAAGUGAUUAUAGUUGAUUGUAGUAUACUUUUGCUGCUCAGAAAUGGCUGCUGCCGUUGUUGUCAAAGCACUUGUGCAAGAACAUAAGUACCACCUGCCUCUAAAUUGCACUAAAUGCACAAAGGGCUGUUUUAGUGGUAGACCAAGAAUCUGGUGGACCAGAAAAGUAAAUAUCAGCAGAGCUUGCUGCCUCUUGCCUUAUUAGCAAUGCUUUUCGUGGAGGUGUUAACAAUUGCAACUCUGAAAUGUGUUCCAAUGUCAUGAGGUUUUCCAGCAGACUUGCAGGAAUUAUUAAAGGAAAGUGCUUCUUAAUGCUCUCAUGACCUAAUUCCCCGGUCUGUUUUUAAUGGAACUGGGUAAUUCUCUUUGUUUUCCUUCCACCCCAGUGGUAAUAAAAAGAGGCUUUUUGACUUUUCAGAUUUUCAGUCAAACUUUUCUCUUGUGAGGGAGGGAGGAAUAGACUUCCCUGAUUCUGAGUCCUUCUGGAAAAUUUAAUCUGAUCAAAAAAUUCUUUGGUUCUCUCUUGGAUUUGUAGUCAGUUUAGUUCUGUGCGAUGGUAUCAGGAGCAAAGUAGCAACAUGUGGCAUUUGACUCUGCUUUCACAUGCACUCAGGACAGCUUGCAAAUUCAGGGUUGAGACAGGGAAGGUCUGUCUCAUUACCUCAUGUGCACUUACAAAUGAGGUGGAUGAACUUGCUUUAUCUUUAAGAAGUCGAAAUGCCAGGAAGGGAACAACAUAAAUAUGCGAGUUGUGUUUGUUCGGGGUGGUUUUGGAGAUUGGUUGGUUGUGGUUUUUUUUCAAUUCUCCUCCCCGCUCCAGUGCAUUUUGCCUGUGGGCACCCAGAGCAGAAUCAGCAACAUCUCCUCACCCUUUCCAACUCCUCCAGCGCUGUAGCCUGGCUUAAAGGACCGCGUGUAGCUUCCCCGUGCAUCUUCCCACAGCCAUGGGAAAAGCAGCACUGAAAACCUUCUCGUGUGUACCGGAUGCAGCGAAUGCCACGGGGGCCUGGCUAUGAAAGACACAAAAAUCUUCCUGCUGGGUGUCCUGAUGGGUAUCCAGGGCCUUGGAUGGACUCAGGUCUGGUCCAUCGCUCCCACCGGCCUGACAGCUCGGACCACGGCGUGGCUCCUGCCGCCUUUCCCGCGGUGUCCAUUCAGCAGAGGCAUGCGGGAAGCCCCUUGGAGCAUCCGCAGCCGCAGCUGCGGGCCUGUGGAAGCCGUGGAGCUGUGGAGGAGGCCCUGUUGCGCCGGCAGCAGCGGCGGGGGGAGGAGCCGGAGCCGUUCCCGCGCUGUCCCCUCACGGAGCCGGCGGGAGGCCGCGGGCAGCGGGGCCCCGCUCCGGGCCCGCCGUGCCCCAGGUUUGCAGCAAUGGUAGAGGAAGAUGUAAAUCACUGUGAAGGUUCUGAACCAUCAGUAUGUGAGAGAAAUGGCAUGAUUCCUUUGCAUGAGCAAAGUGAGCAGGGACCAACAGCAGAUGCCAAAGCUACUGAUGGGAAUGUACAAACAGAAGAAACUGCUCUCUUGAACCAUUGCACUCAGCAACCCCCAGAACCAACAGCAGGGUCUUCAAUACCUGCAAGAACAUGGAGGCAAAUAUUUGCUUGUCCUCCUCAGGGUUUAAUAGCCCAAGCAGUGACAAAUGUUGCGUUUGUGGUCCUGGUUUGGGCUGUGGUUUGGUCCAUAACUGGGGCUGAGUGUCUCCCAGGUGGAAAUCUCUUUGGAAUUCUGUUUCUUUAUUUCUUUGCUGUCAUCGGAGGUAAAAUUUUUGGAUUCAUUAAAAUACGAACACUACCCCCUCUCCCUGCUCUUCUGGGGAUGCUACUUGCUGGUUUCCUAAUCCGAAAUACCCCAUUCAUCAGUGACUUUGUCCAGAUAAAUCUACGCUGGUCUGCAGCACUGAGGAAUAUUGCUCUUUCCAUUAUCUUGACCCGAGCAGGACUUGGCCUGGAUCCAAAGGCUCUUAAGAAGCUUAAAGCUGUCUGUUUACGGCUCGCUUUCGGACCGUGCCUCUCAGAAACAGGCACAGCUGCUGUCCUUGCCUACUUGCUCCUGCCUUUGCCAUGGCAAUGGGGAUUUAUAUUAGGUUUUGUUCUAGGUGCAGUCUCCCCUGCUGUGGUGGUUCCCUCCAUGCUGAUUUUACAAGCUGGGGGAUAUGGGGUGGAGAAGGGUGUCCCAACUUUGCUAAUGGCAGCUGGCAGCAUCGAUGACAUUCUGGCUAUCACAGGCUUCAACACUUGCCUUGGGAUGGCUUUCUCCUCCGGUUCUACUCUGUACAAUGUGCUCCGUGGAGUGCUGGAGGUCGCUGUUGGCAUAGCAGCUGGGGGAAUUCUGGGAAUGUUUAUUCGAUACUUCCCAAGCCAUGACCAGGCGUCUUUGGCAUGGAAGAGAUCAUAUUUUGUACUUGGACUGUCCAUGUUUGCUGUUUUUGGCAGCAUCCACUUUGGCUUCCCUGGAUCAGGAGGGCUCUGCACAUUAGUCUUAGCUUUUGUUGCAGGUGUGGGAUGGUCUGAUGAAAAGAGGGAAAUAGAAAAAAUUGUGGCAGUUGCAUGGAAUAUCUUUCAACCUUUCCUUUUUGGUUUAAUUGGAGCAGAAGUAUCUGUUACAUCUCUUAGGCCUGAAACUGUUGGGCUCUGUGUUGCUAUAUUAGGCAUUGCCCUAGUUGUGCGAAUCAUAGCAACGUUCCUGAUGGUGUCUUUUGCUGGGUUUAAUUUCAAGGAGAAGCUGUUUGUCUCACUGGCAUGGAUUCCCAAAGCCACUGUCCAGGCUGCAAUAGGUUCUCUUGCCCUGGAUACAGCAAGACGACAUCAAGAUGAGCAACUGGAAAAGUAUGGAAUGGACGUACUGACAGUAGCUUUCUUGGCUAUCUUGAUCACUGCUCCAGUUGGAGCCCUGGUUAUCGGCUUGGCAGGGCCCAGACUUUUGCAGAAGGCUCAGACAAAUAGCAAGGAGGAUGAGGAAGGUGCAGAGGUUGGAGAAGAGGCAGAGGCCUGAACCUUCAUAAGACAGACAACUACAGUAGUCUGGUCCUUCAACCCUGACACUUUUGUUGAGUAAAAAUGGCAUGUCUCUAAUCUUGCUGGAGGAACUUAAAACUAUCAGUUACCCCUGCUAUUUUUAAAGCAGCCCUGGUGCAGUUCUAUAAAAUAUUUUUAUGUGAUGAUGGUGCCUUGAGAUGAAAUAGCUGAACAUACAGUGAAUAAGAUGACCUGGCAGUGAGUCACUGAGAAGUUAGCAGUCAAGAGUUACUUGAAAUGUGUGGGUGGUGAGGCCAGAGAAAGGAUCAGAAUUGUUGAGGCAUGGAGUGGAGUCAUGAGGUAGAAUAUAAACAGAAAAAAAUGGAGACUAGUGUGAAUAACAUCUUGAUGGUUGAAACUGGGCUGUGAGAUGACAAGUUCCAUAACUCAAAGAAAGCAACUUCCAAGAAAGAGAUUGCUGAGACAUAUUGAAUAAGUCCUGCUAUGGCUUGGUGAUUCCCUCUCCUUCCUCAUUUGUGUUCUUAAACUUGCCUUUUCCUGUUGCUUUUCUUCCUCACAGCUGAGGCACUCCUUUGUGCCUUCAAGGACUGUCAGCUCUGGUCAUAGCAAGGAACAGCAAGUGGUACUUACAUGCUCAAAGAGAGAGUUGGGGCCAUCAUAGACUGUGGUAAUAAAGAUGUUGGUGCUGGCAGAAAAAAAGGACAGAGCCUGAAAAUGAGAUGAAGGUUGUGGGAUGGCUAUAAGGACUGGGGGAGGGUUGUAUGGGAUUGGGAUGGCUGCUUCUUCACCUCAGCCUUCACACAACAUGAUGUCAAGGGAAAGAUGUAACCCCUGAUGAUCAAAACCCUGCUCUUGCCUUUUAGGUUUGGUACCACUUGACAGGUAUCAGCAAAUCUAUCUGCCUCUGCUACAUUUUAUACAAGUAACUAGCUCAAAGUUGUUGGUAACUCCAUUCUGAGGCAUAGGGUCAGUAUGGCAUCCCUCAGCAACUCGUUAUUUUGUUAUUUAUAUCAGUUACUUUGUUAUUUUUUGGAAAGGCUAUAAGAUUGUGCCUGUAACUGAGGCUGGCAACACCCUCCUGAGAUUUCCACACUACAGUUCACUGAACUCAUUUUACAGGGUACUGUGUAGAAUAUAUUUGAUAAUGUCUAGAUUUUGGCAUUAGUAAGAACUAAUGAUUUCUAUUUCAGCUUUUAAAUUUUUAAUAUGCAAAACAAAAAAUGUACAAAAAUACUUUUAACUGCUUAAAUACUUCUGAUGUUGACACUGUACUAUUUGCAGAGUCAUAUGGCAUACAGAUGAGCUGUAUACAGCUCAAUAUGCAUGCCUUUGUAUAAGCCUUACUCUCUAAGCAAAAAGAAAGCUUCCUGAGAUACUUAAAUUUCACAGCCUGCAGUUCCAGCACAAUGAUAAAAAUACCAGGAAAUUCUUAGGUAAAUUUUCCCUUAACAGUUGUCAAGUACAUUAUAUUUUUGUAACUAUGCACACUGUUGUUCUCUCUGCAUCCUUGGGAAUGUACCAUCUUUAGUUCAGUUUGUCUCCUAACCUGAAAGGGAGAAGCUUUCACCUGAUGGGUUUGAAGCUGGAGCAGUGGUUAAGGGUGGUGUGCUUGGUUGUUACUGUGACAUACCUGGACUUCUGUGCCUGUUCUGCCUACUUCACAUGCACUCCUGGUGUCCCCCUGGCCCAGUAUCUUUACUGAUGAUCUGGAUGAGGGAAUUGAGUCCACCCUCGGUAAAUCCACAGGUGACACCAAGCUGGGUGGCAGUGUUGAUCUGCUGGAGGGCAGGAGAUCUCUGCAGGGGAUUUGGACAGGCUGGGUCAAUGGGCUGAGACAAUGGAAUGAGGUUGAAGGAGGCCAAGUGCUGAGUCCUGCCCUUGGGUCACAGCAACCCCAGGCAGUGCCACAGGCAGGGGACAGAGUGGCUGGGAAGCUGCACAGUGGGAAGGGACGUGGGGUGCUGGUGACAGCAGCUGAACAUGAGCCAGCAGUGCCCAGGGGGGCGAGGGAAUCCUGGCUUGGAUCAGCAAUGGUGUGGCCAGCAGGAGCAGGGCAGGGAUUGUCCCCUGUACUCGGCACUGGUGAGGCCACACCUCAAGAGCUGUGUCCAGUUCUGGGCCACUCACUACAAGAAAGGCAUUGCAGUGCUGGAGCGUGUCCAGAGGAGGACAACAGAGCUGGGGAAUGGUCUGGAGCACAAGUCCUGUGAGGAGCAGCUGAGGGAGCUGGGGGUGUUUAGCCUGGAGAAGAGGCAGCUGAGGGGUCACCUGGCUGCUCUACAACCCCCUCAGGAGCAGGUAGCCAGGUGGGGGUCAGCCUCUUCUCCCACACAUCCAGUGACAGGAUGAGGAUAGAGUCUUAAGCUUUACCAGGCGAGGUUUAAGUUGGACAUUAGGAAGAAUUUCUUUACAGAAUGGGCUGUUAAACAGUGGAAUGGACUGCCAGGAAGGUGGUGGAGUCAUCUUCCCUGGAGGUGUUUAAGCAAAGGCUGGACAUGGCACUGAGAGCCAUGGUCUGGUUGACAUGGUGGUCAUAGGUUGGAUUCAAUAAUAUCAGAAGUCAUUUCCAACCUCAUUGAUUAUAUGAUUUUGUGAAAUAUGUGUAGUUUUAAUAGGAGGCUAAGUAUUUGGAAAUUGUAAUGUUGGUUAAACCAACUGACAAGGUGAGGAAAUACAAUGUUCAGUUCAUCUGUGACUGUCUAUAAAAUAGUUCUACCCAAGUAAAACUUACAGGAGUUCACUUUUUUGUAAAGUUUUUAUAAAAGUAGAACCCUUCCGUAAGGAUCACUAUGCCAAAUUUGGAAUGUGUUCAGUAACAGAAGUGUUAUGCUCUAAGGAUUACAGCCCUUUAAAUUUGGACACAACCUUAAGUAUGAAAGUAAACCGCUGAUGAAGAGCUGUUUGUGAUAGCCUCUAAUACUUCCUCAUCAGCUAAACAGCAUCUCAUAAAUGGGAUUUACCCGUUCCCUUAACCUCAGUGCACUCUCACUUAUACAUUACAUCAUGUCCACAAUUCUGAGUGCUUGAAUAAGCUAUACCAAUGAAACUUGUCAUCUUUUUUUCUAAUCUGAGAUAUAAUAAAUUUUUAUUUCCUUUCUAUUUUACGUGGGUAUUUCUCAUGAGACCCCUUUCCCCCAGCUUUUAUUAAAUCUUCAAAAAGUAUAAGGUCAGAGCUAUUACAAAGACCUGCAGAUCUAAAAUUAAACGCUUUAAUGCUUUAUGUUUCCUCUCCUUUUCUUCCAGAAAGGAAGAAAACACUUGCAUCUUUUCAUUAAAUGAUCAGAACUAAGAACUUAAGAGACUGGGCUUUUUUAGUACCGUAACAAUUUCAGCUGCUUUUAAAUAGCAACUAACUUUGAGAGAUUAGAUUUCAGUUUUCAUCAGAGUACAGGUGACGCAUGACAUUAAAGACCACCUCCCUUUUAACAAAACGCUGUGAAAAUCAUUACUGAAUAAAUUCAAGCAUAAAUUCAAGCCAAUAAAAUCAUUAUGCUACAGUAGUCUCUUAUUUGCAGGAAAUAUAAGAGCACAAUGCACAGUAAGAGAUAACCAGUCCCGCUGUCACACAGACAUAAUCACAGGCAUAGUGUGGGGGAACUCUGAGUGUGCUGUUCCAGAAGGUUCACAAAAACCUCUGCAGCAGAAAGGUCUAACAGCAGAAAGUGUUCCCAGCAGCCAGCAUCUGGCAGUUACAGCAGGCAGCAUAUGGGAAAAGACAGAAAUUGUCUGUCUGCAAGCAGGGAGUCACACAGGCCAGGGGAUGUGAUGAUGAUGUGAUUAUAAUCACUGCUUACUCUCUUUUUUCAGCCAAACUGAGCUUUUUGUGGAAUUUAAACCGAAGUCUAAAAUUAACUGUGAAACAGUCAUGGUGUAAUACAGCCACAAAAUGAA